UUUCAGAUUCGCAGCCGAUGCUCCGACUCAAACGCGAGGUUUAGUUAUCAUCUGGGCCACAUAUCAAUAUAAUCGAACGUGAAUGUGAACCGACAUCACAGUACGCGGAUUUUCAAAACUGAAGAAGUCGUUUUAACAUGUCCGAAACGUCGUUCACUCCUUUGCGCGUAUCGGUGGGCUGCCCUGAAUAGUGAUGAGAGUCUAACUUUGCCGUCUAGUGAGCGAUUUUCGACAGAGCCAUGGUGAAAUAGUGACAGUGUGAUGAGCGGUGAGACGUUAUGAACAUGUUGUUUGGUUACGGGGGGCCGGGACCCCCGUUGGGGGUCCUUUUUCUGGCACUGGUUGCUGUCUUGCACCUAUCUACAGGCGUCGCGGCUGAAAAGAGUAAAUACUAUUCCAUGCAAUCCUUAUGUAAGAACCAUUUUCUACAACAGCUGUACAGAAAAAUUGACGGAGCAGUUCUUUGGUCUCAGAACGAACGCAACCUAGAUUGCUUCAUCACUUUUCAGACACAUUCUAUUCUGCAACGAUUCAUGCUUCGUUUCGAUUUUCUUCAGUUGGACUGCAACGAUCAUCUCUACAUAUACGAUGGCGCUCAUGCUGUAGGGACUUAUAAGUUCGACUUGUCCUGUAAGAACACGAAACAAAACCUGGGCGCCAUGUUUACCAGGACGAACUACGUCACCCUCAAAUACGUCACAGAUGCUUGGGGCACAGAAUCGAACGGAUUCAAACUUGUCAUUACUGCCGUUAAGGAUCCGAAACACGCCUGCACUGAGUUUCGUUGCAACCUUAGGGAAUUCUGCAUAGCGACAGACCUCGUCUGUGAUAAUGUCAACCAUUGUGCCGAUGGUUCAGAUGAGUUAUCACCGACUGUUUGUCAGAAUAACGAGAGUUCGACCAUUCUCGGCAUGGAACUGACAUGGUUUGUUGCCGCUCUGACCACAGCGAUCCUAUUAUUUUUAGUGUGUUUAGUGGGUGUCUUCAUCUGCAUAUGCCGUUGGAACGGCAGGCUUCCGAACGGAAACGUCCAACAGCAGAACGCCUCCUAUUCACUGCAGCAGAUGUACGGCUCCAAUGGUGCGAUGAAACAAGGGAGCACGACGACGUUAACUGGAGUUAACCAGGGAAACUGGUGGUACCCUGCGGGCCCGCUCGGGUUCAGUCGCAACAGCAGCAGCACGCCGGCCCAGGCCCUCCUCUACUGCCUGGCAAACUGAGACAGGGCCAGCUACAGCCCAACGGAGGCGGCGGUGGCCCAGACAAGGACCUCGUUUCGCAGCCGGCUCAGAAAGACGAAUGGUUCGUCUAGCAGUAGGAGUGGCCGGGUCAUGUGGCCUGCAGGGUAAGUCGAGCGUGGAACCCAACGCUCGGCAUCCGAACCAACCACGAAAUCGUUUAACGUCACGUGACACGCUUAAAGUAAGAACAUUGUCUAAAAAUUUCUAGCUAAUUAUGAGAGUAUAAAUUAUGAGUGCAUUCCUGUGAAUCUUCCUUCAAGCAUCGCUGACUGUUCUAAUCUAAUGGAAAAAGUGGAUUUUUCUUAGAUGUUUAAAGGAAAACCGCCCCGUUGCAAACUGGAGAAUCCUAGGUAGGUUUAUUUAGAAACCAGCUAGUUAGCAGAUAAUAAAGAAUUCAUUCAAUCGAAGAGACUCUUUCUACAUUGUUGCCAUUCAGAGAAUUGUACUCAACUGAAGGGAGAAUCAUUUCAGUCGACUUCGAAGAAUGAGAUUUUUAUUUUACUACUAAGUCCAUUGAUGCCACGACAACGAUGUAAUUUAAGAGAUCCAGUUUUCAAUGAUGGCGUUUCAAAUCCUCCUAGGUAUAAAUUCUUGUGUAAAAGACAAUACCUAACUAGUUAUUUUCUGCGAAUAACCUAGGGAAUGCGAAAAUGUAUAGGUUAGGGUAGCGAAAUAUUUAGUGUAACUUUGUUUGGAACAGUUUACAUGGAGCGUUUGAUACAUCAAAGUCGCCUUUGAAACGGGGCAUUGUUUGAAUGCUUACGGCUCCGGUUUGUCGAAUCGGGUCGGGUCGUUUCUGAAAAGACCGGAAAGAUGGGAAAUUAUUUUAAUUGUUUGAUGUUUGAUGUAACGCGAGUUUGGAUUUAUAUUGGCUUUUCGGCACUGUCUUUUGGGAACAUAGAGGUCAUUAUUAAAUAACUGGCAAGCCAUGGAAUAAUGAAUGAAUGGGUUUACUAGGCACGCUAAGAAUUUUUUCAUUUAUAUCAGAGAAUUCUCUUGUUGAAACAAUUAUUUUCAGACAGCAUGUCCAUUUUACUCGAAUAGUUUCUCUUUUUAUAUGAAAGUUUGGU